CUGCGUAACAAGAACUAGAAGAGCACAAGUCAGCAGAGGUUACAGUCACUUAAGUUUGAGGGAAAAAUGUCUAAUGAACUUGACUACAGACCAGUGAUGCUUCUACAGAAUGAUAUCAACCUCAAGUAUUCAAGUCCAAAUGAUGAUGAAGCCUGGUCAAAAUACUUGGAGAAUCCUAUGACAGCUGCCACUAAAGCCAUGAUGAGGGCAAAUGGAGAUGAUGAUGGGGUUGCUGCACUAAGCUUACUCUAUGACUACUACAGGGUCCCCAAGGAAAAGAGAAUUAUUACUCAGGGAUCUACAGGACGCUGUGACCAAGUAAAAAGGAGCUGUAUUGAAUAUGACUCAGACAUUUCAACCUAUGAUAGCACCCAGCUGAUGAGAUUUCUAAAUGACAAUAACUCCUCCACUCACGAGUAUUCAGAAACACAUAAAAAGAACAGCUAUCUAUCUCUGGACUGUCUCAUAAAUCCCAGUAAACUGCCUCUGUCAAGUGGAAAGUUGGAUAACAAUGCUCAUGAUGAUUUCAUGGCAACAUCAUGUGAUGUAUAUGAAAAAAAUCCACUGACUACACUGUUUGAUCCUAUACAUGUGCCACCACCACAACAAAGAUGGCAACCAGACAGCACCUUCAAGGAGGAUACACCAGAGCCACUCAUAUUCAACGAUAUCCUUAGAAGCCAGGCAGAAUCAACCUGCUCAGAAGACUAUAUACCAGGAGAGGCAAAUAGAGACUUUGAAUGCACCCUAGAAUCUCCCAAAGCAAUUCACAUCAAGUCUGGAGAGUCACCAAUGGCUUACCUUAAUAAAGGCCAAUUUUAUCCAGUCAACCUCCGUACCGCAGAAACCAGAAAAUGUGUGCAUUUGACCUCUAACAAAGUCAAGAGCGUGGUCAUGGUAGUAUUUGACAAUGAGAAGAAUCCUGAAGAACAGCUGAAACGAUGGAAGCACUGGCACUCUAGACAGCCAACUGCAAAGCAGAGGGUCAUUGAUGUUGCUGAUUACAAAGAAAAUUGUAACACAGUGGAGAACAUUGAAGAGGUAGCCUACAAUGCUUUGUCGUUUGUUUGGAACAUCAAUGAAGAAGCUAAGAUAUUUAUUGGUAUUAACUGCCUAAGCACAGACUUCUCAUCUCAGAAGGGUGUUAAAGGUGUCCCUCUGAAUCUUCAGAUUGACACAUAUGACUUUGAAACAGGAGUCAAGAGGCUCAUUCAUCGUGCAGUCUGCCAGAUUAAAAUAUUCUGUGAUAAGGGGGCAGAGAGAAAGAUGAGGGAUGAAGAACGUAAACAGUUUAGAAGGAAAGGGAAAUCUGCUGACCAAAAUAACAAAGAUAUAAAGGCAUCUGUUCUUCCAGGAUACAGAGGGUCUGAUUUCACAUAUCUGAGACCAGUGACAGAUAUGGAAACACACCCUGUUUUGUUCAUCCCCAACAUUCAUUAUUCCAAUCUUCAAAGAUGUGGAGUUGUACUUCAGUCUGCUGCAGAUAACAGUGACAGAUUAUCACUUAAAAGAAGCUCUCAGUCCUUCCCUGAAAGUUUUGAAGCACCCCCAUCCAAGCAACAGACAAAUGAAGACCCCCAAAGAGUGUUGUUAUAUGUUCGGAGAGAAACAGAAGAGGUAUUUGAUGCACUGAUGUUGAAAACACCAGAUCUCAAGGGUUUAAGAAAUGCAAUCUCAGAAAAAUAUGAACUGCCAGAAGAAAGGAUCUGCAGAGUCUACAAAAAAUGCAAACGAGGAAUUCUGGUAAACAUGGACAAUAACAUCAUCCAGCAUUACAGCAACCACGUGGCUUUUCUAUUGGACUUGACAGACGUAGAUGGGAAAAUCCAAGUCACACUUAAAGAACUAUAAAGCUCACUAGUGGGUCUUUCAAAGACCAAAAAAAGACUUAAGCACAAAGGCAAAGGCACAAGACCUCAGUUUUACAGACCUCAGAACCAUGCUGGGUGCUUGCACUUCCCGAAUUUAAAGAGCACACAAGUUUAUGCAGCUUGAGAAAGUCGGGAGAGGAGAGUCACAGAUGACUGCUUAAAACUGAAAGACUUUUUGUACACUAAAGACUGACAAAUAUUUGAGAUCCUUAAUCUCCGUAGGAUUUCUGAAGAUAUAUGCACAAUAUUGCCAAAAGAAAUGUUACAGUUGCAGUUUCUGCAACACCCGCUGCUUGUAAAUGGAUGCUCUUGCUUUACUAUAUAUAUUGCAAAAAUAUUUGUCCACUGCUUUCCUCUGUCUGCUGGAACAGAAGGAUGUUUUUUUCAAUACAGUUUUUGUACUGGGUUACUGCAGUUAUUUUAGAUGGGCAAUGAAUUGUCUCUCCCUCUGUGAAAGAACAGAACAAUUAUCAGGUCAAUCAUUCUCAAAGUAAAUGGAAUAAAACCCUCACAGAUCUGCUAUUCCUAUCACAGUGAUUUAAGUUCUAUAACAUCUCCAGGCCUCAGGAACAGUAUGAUAAAUAACCACAUUGUGAAUAUAUUACACGCAGUAAUAUUCAAAACAGAUUUAUUGAUAAUAUUAGUGGGUGAGAUAUUGCAAUACUGGUUUAUGCCAUUUAGUUGCAUAUUCCAUGCUCCAACUGCAGUGUCUCUUUUACCAGCCAUUUUAUUGUGAGGCUACCAUAGAGUAUAAAAUGAGCUGGGUUUUUUUCUUUUUGCUGCUUUGUCAUUAUACUGGCUGUUACAGAAUUAUUUCUGGUUUUUCAUUGUUUAUCACAUAGACUUUUAUUCUAACAACAAAGAAUGCAAAAUACUUUUUUUCAAACAGCUGCCAUUUUUGCCUGAAAUAGCUUUUAAUAUAAUAUGUUACAGUUUUAUACAUUUCUCAUUGUAAAUAUAUAUGUAUAUAUAAAUAUUAUGUAUGUAUGAAAGUAUUGGUCUUUUUAUGUGUUUUAGUAAGCAGCAAUGCAUUUUUGUCAUUUCAAGAACUUGCCUUUUCACAUUUCCUGGACUAUGUAUUUUUUUUUAUAUACCUGUUUAUAAUAAAGGGCAAAUAAUA